AUGGCUGACCAGCUGCCCCCUGAGCAAAUAGCUGAAUUCCGAGAAGCCUUUGCUUUAUUCGACAAGGAUGGCGAUGGUACCAUUACUUCUAAAGAGCUGGGGACAGUCAUGAGAGCCUUGGGCCAAAACCCAUCAGAGGCAGAGCUACAGGACAUGAUCAAUGAAGUGGACGCAGAUAGCAAUGGCAUUGUAGAUUUCACCGAAUUCCUGACCUUGAUGGUCAAGAGGAUUAAGGACAUGGACAGUGAAGAAGAAAUCCGCGAGGCCUUCAAGGUUUUCGAUAAGGAUGGCAAUGGAUCCAUCAGUGCUGAGGAACUUCACCUGGUUAUGAAAAACCUUGGGGAGGAUCUAACAGAUGAAGAAAUAUACGAAAUGAUCAGAGAAGCUGACAUUGAUGGUGACGGCCAAAUCAAUUACGAAGAGUUUGUUCAGAUGAUGACUGCAAAGUGA